UUUCCCGCCAGAAAUUGUAAACUUUUGUAUUUUGUAUGUCAGAUUUCAAAAUAAAAAUUAGCUCUAGAGCUGAAAUAGGAAAAUAGAAUCAGAAAAUGGACCUUAAUAUUAGAAGAAAAUCUACAAAAGUAAGUGUUGUAGGUAGUAAUUAUGAAAUAUAUCCACACGAUUUGCAGUUAUACAAAAUCCCACCUACUUCAGAAAUAUCUUUGCAUGAAUUUGAAACACUUGCUCUAGAAAGACUUACACUGCUAAGAAGUUUAGCAACGGCAACAACGCUCAAAGGAUAUAAACCUUUUUCUGAAGAAUGGAAGGAUCACAUUUCGGGUGAUUUAAAAAAUCAUGGUUUAAAGUAUUAUGCCAAUCUAUGCCAAAGGUCUGGAACAGGUAAUACGCCUGCCGAAAUCGAAGCAAGAAGAAAAGACCACAUUGCUCACUUCAUUCUCAGACUUGCCUAUUGCCGGACAGAAGAACUUCGUCGUUGGUUUAUAUCAAGGGAGUUGGAACUAUUUAGACUAAGGUUUAUGAAUAUGAAGAAUGAAGCUGCAGAUGUAUUCUUUAAAUUAAAUAAGCUGUCCUAUACUAAUAUAAGCGAAGAGGAAAAGGAUGCUAUAAUAACACAUUUAAGAGAAUCAACAUUUAUUCAACUGAAUCAAAACAUAGAAAACUUUAAAUUUUUCAAAGUCAAAUUCUAUGAAGUUCUUGACUUAGUCAAAGCAAGAAAAGUUUACUUGCAAGGUGGUUUUGCUUUUAUUCCUCACAGAGAUUUUGUUUCAGUAUUGUCUGCCCAAUUUAGAACUCAUUUAAAACAAAGCUUGGCAAUAGCCUGCCAACAUUUGGGUGAGAUUGAGCAGGAUGAACGGCUAGUGAGUUUGCUCAAAGGUUUACAUCAGUCAUACACUGGAGUUGACUACAGUGACACUAAAGUUGCAAUUCCUAUUGAAAGUAUUGAUUCUCUUUCUGUCAAAUCAUUCCCUCUUUGUAUGAGGCAACUCCAUGAGCAAUUGCGAUUGGCCCAUCACUUGAAACAUGGUGGCAGAUUGCAAUAUGGACUGUUUUUGAAGGGCAUUGGUGUUACACUGGAAGAUUCUUUAAGAUUUUGGAGGGAGGAAUUCACAAAAAUGAUGGAAUUAGACAAGUUUGAAAAACAGUAUGCAUACAAUAUAAGAUAUAAUUAUGGUAAAGAGGGGAGCAAGAAAAACUAUUCUCCAUUUAAUUGUAUGAAAAUUAUAAAUAACAAUGUCGGGCCAGGAGAAUGCCACGGUUGUCCAUUCAGACACUGUGAUGUGAGCAAUUUAAAAAAUAAGCUCAAAGGUUAUGGCUAUGAGCCUGCAGGAGUAAAUGCUGUUGUUGAUAUGGCUAAGAAGGGUCACUACCAAAUUGCAUGCAGUAAAUACUUUGAUUUGGUACACAAUGUGGAACUAGGACUCGGUAUCAAUCACCCCAAUGAGUACUUUGAAGAAAGCCAGAAACUUCUAAAGGGUGAAACAAGGAUUGAAGUUAAGAAAGAAGUCAAAACACCAUCAAUAAAAAAAGAAAUCCACAAAGUAGAGCAGAUGGAUUUAGAUGACAUACAGGAAUGGGAUGAAAAGGAUUUAUGAAUAAAUGCAAUUUUUUUAUCACAAA